UACAAGUGUCAAACUGUCAUUCAGUUGUGUGAAACGGCAAGCGAAAUGUCCGAUUCCGCCGGCGAUAAUUCAAAACCUCGAGUAGUAGUUUUAGGAGGGUGCGGCUUCAUUGGUCGGAACCUGGUUGAAUAUUUGAUAACAAAUGAUUUGGUGAGUUGGUUACGUGUGGUGGAUAAGACUCCACCGCAGCUGGCUUUUUUAAACUCGGCGCACACUAAGGCUUUUGAAGACCCCCGCGUUGAAUAUAAAAGUGCAAAUCUUAUUAAUCCAACGUCAUGUGCAAAAGCAUUAGAGCCAGAUGGUUCACAAUGGGAUCUAGUAGCCAAUUGUGCGGGCGAGACGCGCGUGGGGCAGAUGGAGGCUGUCUACACGGAGGGCAUCUACACGCUCAGCGUGAACGUCGCCAAGCAGUGCGCCAAUUUGAAAGUGCCGAGAUUGGUUGAAAUAUCCAGCGGGCACAUGUAUAGCAGUGAUAAGCCACAAAAAGAGGAUUGUCCCGUGGAACCGUGGACGGUGGAAGGUCGUAUGAAGAGUCGCGUCGAGCAGGAACUCAAGAACAUGAAGUCAGAAUUGAACUACACCAUUCUCAGACCGGCCAUCGUCUAUGGUGUGGGAGAUAGAAGAAGCUUGACUCCACGCUUACUCUAUGGCGGUAUAUAUAAGCAUCUGGGCGAAACGAUGAAGCUCCUCUGGACGGCCGACUUAAAGAUGAACACGGUCCACGUCAGUGACGUCUGCCGCGCGAUAUGGAUCCUCGGAAACAAUCCCGAAGCGAACGGGAAGACGUUCAACGUCGUGGACGACGCGGACAGCACCCAGGGGAGCCUCGCGGAGCUCGUGUCGGAGAUAUUCAAGAUCAAUCACGACUACUACGGAACCGCUAUAUCUACUCUAGCUAAGAACGACAUCGCGUCGGUGGCGGAGGAGGCGAACGACAAGCACCUGACGGCGUGGGCGGACAUCUGCCGCAAGUACGCGCUGGCGCACUCGCCGCUCGAGCCCAGCGCGGGCGCCGAGCUGCUGCUCAACAAGCAGCUGUGCCUCGACGGCUCCGCCCUGCGCGCGCUGGCGCCGCCCGCCCGCGCCGCGCCCGACCGCGCCGCGCUGCUCGAGGUACUGCAAGACUACGCUUCCAUGAAUCUCUUCCCCAGGGAACUCCUGCUAUGACUGCCGCAAUAAUAAUGACUUCGAUUCGAAGAUAUUUUUAUGGAACUUUAUAAAACGCUCCAAAUUAUAUGCGACUUUUUUAAACGUUUACGCGACCGCUGCCGCGGAGUUGAGCUUAUCGUAACUAAAGACAUUACAGACUUUGAACGAAAUUAUUUUAAUCAUUUACAUUGUAAUUGUAUAUUAUAGCGACAACCUGCGCUGCCUUAUCGAAAUUAUUAAAAACUUGUAACAAAUUUUAAUUACAUGAUAAAUUCACUACAUUGUCGAUUGUAAGUUUAUGACGCUAUAAAAUAUUUGACAAAAAGGACAAAUGGUCCAAACUAUCCAGGGUUUGAAUUUAUAUUAAUAAGAUUUCCAUACUGUGAUAAAAAAAUAUUUAAAAAGGGCAUAGAAGUUGUCCAAUGUUUGGUCGGAAUAUUUUGUAUAUAACUUGAAAUAUAACAACACUACUAAUGAUAGACGUAAUAAAUUAAGACUGGCAAUACCAAAAACCACGUCACUAUGUUUUUUUUUUCAACAAAAUUUUAACACGUAAAUCUUAAAACUAAAUUCCAUCCGUAGGAAUUACUUCAAGAAAUGAUUUUUUUGUACUUAAUACAAUUUGUAACCUUACCAUUAUUUUUAUUAUUCAUUUUAGUACUUAAUUUUAAAGUAUAUUUUAAGAAAGAAAAAAUUGAAAUUAAGAAAAUACUUUAUUCAAGUAACGAACUAUUUUAUAUGAAUAUUGGUAACAUCCUUAAUUAUGGUAUAUUAUUAUAUAUUAUAUACUUAUGAACAAAAUACAUAUAUAUUUAUAAAUAGUGAAGUAAAUAACAACUAUUGUAUGUCAAAAUUGAGAUCCAGCCAAAAAUUCAAUUAACUGAUAAUAUUUUUCUUCAAAAAAAUUUUAAUGGUAUCUGUAUCAUAUAUUAAUAUAAAUAAUAGAAAUCAAUCAAUGUAAAAGAAUAUAUUAAUGAUCGUUGAUAGAUCUACGUUUUGUAUUCAGCGUCAGCCCUGGGAUAGAGCGAGAGGAACGAUCGCUGUAGGCGCAGUAUUGUUAUAUAAACAGUAUUCUAACUUUAUACAAACGGGUGGAACGCGAGUCAUACCUACGCGCCUCGAGUUCGGUAUACAACUAUACUAGUCAAGGGCGUUUUUGGUUUUUAACGCAAACUGAUAUUUAUCCGAUUUCAGACUUACAAAUCGAUUUCAAAAUCCGAUUUCGGUAACGCCUCAACAAAUCGCUUGCGCUCGGGCGAAUAUAGUCUUUAAAUACUUAAUAGUAAGGUCGAUGAUUGUGUAAUAGAUUUCCGUAGCAGAACCAACGAAUCGAAAUCCGAAUCGCAAAAUUCACACUAUCCUUUUUAUUCCGCUUUAUUCCAAUUGGUUAGAAAGAGAGAAAGCGAAUUUCAUAUUACGCAACAAUCAGUUUGCGUUUGGAUACCAUACACAAUUAGUUUGGUGAUAUCCAGUGAUUUUAUUUGUCGAUUCUAGAUCGUUGGCGUUUGGUUCGGUUAGGUCGAUUUUUGAAAUCGGAUUUUUAGUUACGUGAAGUCGAUACGAAUCGAUUUGUGUUUGAAAUCAGAUUUUUAAUUCGUUUUGAUAUAUCGGACGCGUGCCUAAACAAUACACUCGGCACACAAUAGUCGCGAAUACGCCGCAGUGACGAACGAACGGUGCAAUGAUUUUAUAAGCGUGCUAUUUGUGAAGAUUUGAUUUUAAUUUUGUAUAAAUGUUGGUGGUUUUCACAUAAAAUAUACUAAUCGAAAAAUGUAUUUUUAUUGAACACUUGCUUAUUUCAUUCAUAACGAAUUUCAUUUUUUUAAAUAAAAUUAUAAUAUUUACAAUCGCAAACUAGAACGUACCUCAAGAAACUAGAUGAAAUUAAAAUAUGUACUGCGCGGCGUGGCGCGGUAUAUAAACCCGGACUUAUGGGUAUAUAAUAGGUACUUAGUUAUAUGGGACACGGCCGGGCACGGAUCGAGGCGCCAGGUAGCAAUUCAAAAAAAUAUGUUUUAUUUUGUUGCGUUGUUUUAUUUUUAUAUAUGUGGUAAAUAUUAUUUCAAUAAUAUUAACUGAAAUGCAAUUUAUGUAAAAUUAAAGCGUCGACCAAAGGACGCUGAUAGACAAUUUCGCUCUACACUGAUUAAGGGCCGGCGCUGUGUACUUUAAAAAAAAAAAAAACAAUUAUACGAUACGAUAAUAAGAAACCUACACGGAACAACAACGGUACAAAAAUUCAAUUAAAUCGAUGAUGAUAUGGAUAGGCAGGAUACACACAGGAUCCAAUCAUUUAUAUACAUUUGAUUUGAAAAUUAAGCAUUUGAAAUAAACACGGAUACCACCGAAAGAUUCUUUUAUCUAUUUCAAUGUACUUUGUUUUUUAUAAUUUUGUGUAUCGUAUGUAUCACUAAGCUUGACUGCGAUAUGCUAAGCUGAUUGCUUUUAGAAAUAAAAUCGGAACGGACUGUAAACUUAAUAUAUAAUAUAAUGUAGGUAUUAUAUAUUAUGUAAAAAUUUUCGAAUACGAAACUAUUGUUUAGCUUUGAAGACCAUUGUUUUGUCUAAACAUUGGCUGGAUCUAAAUGAAUAUAUUUUCAGUGUUUAAUUGAGGUAUGCUUGUUGUAUGGUCAGCAAAAACUAACUACAAAUGGAGAUUUUCUAUUUGAUUUCAAUCUAAAUGUCAAUUGUGAAUAGAAAAUACGCGUUUUUUAAUGUUUUUAAAACACUCCAAAUAAAUUCUAAAGAAAAGUUAACUUUUUGCUGACGGUAUAUUUUUUCGUUAACGAAAAACCGCUCAAUUGUCAAAGUUUGUGUUUUAUUCGCUUGUAUUUUAAGAACGCUUGAUUAUAAAAUGCAUUUCGAAACAAAGUUUCCUUUAAUGAUUUCGCAUUUAAAUUCAUAACCGAGCUACCAUGUAUUCGGUCUUAUGUUAUUAUUUGCAUAAUAUAAACGUAUUGUAAUA